AUGGCUGCCCUAUCGUACGGCAAAAGAAUGCUCAAGGAAAGUUUAAAGUCACUACCAAAGAGGAAAACACCAAAGGAAGAGGCCCUGUCGUGGGUGGAGAGAGGGAUGGACCCGCCAGAGAGAUUUAGCCUCAAGUAUAUUUCAGACUACAAAGGAUUUGGAGUGUUUGCUACAAAAAACUUCAGACGAGGAGACUUCAUUCUUGAAUACCGAGGGUCUCUUAUAGCAAAAGAAGAUGCAGAGGUGUUAGAACUAAAGCAUGCAAGGGCGGGGGAGGGAUGUUUCAUGUUUUUCUUCUCCUUUAAUGGAAAACAGAUGUGCUAUGAUGCAACGGAGACACACGAUUCGAUGGCAAGGUUUGCCAAUGAUGCUGGAAAUGCAUCAAGAAACAGCAAGAUGCAAAUCGUGGUCCACAACAGUACACCCCACUUAUGUUUAUUUGCCACCACGGAUAUCACUGCGGGUGAUGAGGUGCUAUAUGAUUAUGGCGAUAAGAAUCUGCCAUGGAAAUUAAAGAGGAAAAGUCUCAUCGACCGUUUCAGUUUUGUUCAGGACGACGACAGUGACAGCGAUCCGUUUGAAGUUAACGAUUCCGAUUCUUGUUCAGAAACUUCUGAUUCUGAUUUCAUCCAAGAUGAAAAGACCCAUCUGACAAUGGAACUGCAAGAACUACGUACCGGCAAAGACAGUGACCUGGAUUUAGACGUCGAAAAGAUACCAGACUCAGAUGAGUACAGCGAAAUAUAUACUGCAACUCCUUUGCUGCCCACGGGAUUGGGAAGUGCUUUGUUAGAGGGAGAGCUUGAGGAGAGAAAAUCACCAGAAGAAUUUUCAGAUAAGGUAUUGAAAGGAGUAGAGUUAGAAGCAGAGGAUGUGCCGGAGACCACAUUAGACGAAGAUAUGUCAAAUAAGGUAUUGAAAGGAGUAGAGUUAGAGUCAGAGGAUGUGACCACAUUAGACGAAGAUAUGUCAAAUAAGGUAUUGAAAGGAGUAGAGUUAGAAGCAGAGGAUGUGCCGGAGACCACAUUAGACGAAGAUAUGCCAAAUAAGGUCUUGAAAGGAGUAGAGUUAGAGUCAGAGGAUGUGACCACAUUAGACGAAGAUAUGUCAAAUAAGGUAUUGAAAGGAGUAGAGUUAGAAGCAGAGGAUGUGCCGGAGACCACAUUAGACGAAGAUAUGCCAAAUAAGGUAUUGAAAGGAGUAGAGUUAGAGUCAGAGGAUGUGACCACAUUAGACGAAGAUAUGUCAAAUAAGGUAUUGAAAGGAGUAGAGUUAGAAGCAGAGGAUGUGCCAGAGACCACAUUAGACGAAGAUAUGCCAAAUAAGGUAUUGAAAGGAGUAGAGUUAGAGGCAGGGGAGAUGCCGGGGACCACAUUUGACGAAAAUAUGCCAAAUAAGGGAAGAGAAAGCCUUAUGAAUGAUGCUUUGGGUAAAGAAAGUCCAGUGUCAAAAGUUAGACCCAUCCGAUUUUGCAUAUAUUGCGACAAAACAGUAAAAGGAGGUAAACUAAAAAGACACAUCAUGACCCACAAAAACACUGAAGACGAAGUGAAAUCCAUCUUAUUAGAACCAAAGUCUGUUCAGAAUAGAUUUUUCGAGAAGAAACGGAUCGAAGGUAUCUUCAAAUACAACACAGAACAACUAGCCAAACAGGAAGAUGAACAUACUUUGUUAAGGGAAAGAAAACCUAAAAACGAAGAUUCUGUCAGGAUGUGCUCUGGAUGCCAUAGAUUCUUUUCAAAUAGAACAUUCUACAGACAUAAAUUAGCAUGUAAUGAAAAUUUUCCCGAAGCUAUAAAAACAGAAACUAUAGGAGUCAUACACCCAGACUCGGACUUUGUGAACAAUAUAUUGAACAGGUUUAGAGAUACCGAAGUUGGUACAUUUAUUAGAAGCGACGAAACCAUCCAGGCAAUCGGCUAUCGUCACUAUUGCUCUAGAAGAGUUGAAAUCAGCAAACAAAAUGAAGUGAGGAAAGAAAUCAUGGGUGAAAUGAGAGAACUAGCUCGGUUAUUUAUAACAUUCAAAGAAUUAUCGGAUACACCUGUAGCAUUCACGGAUAUGUUUACCAGGCUAAAAUUAAAAACUUUAAGAGAAGCGAUUGAAAAGAUGUGUGAAAAUGAGGACAAUACUGAGAAAAUUGGACUUAAGCAAAACCUAGACGCAUACCUUAAAAAAAGCAUAAAAUACUUAAAAGGGAUGUAUUCAGAAUCCAUGAAAGACGCCGCAUAUAAAGAGCUUUCGAAAUUUAAGAAAGCAUACAUAUAUAGAUCUGGAGAACUCCUAGCAAAUGCAAGGUACCAGUCCGACAAACGGUCACUUCAAAAGGCCAGACUGCCACAGAAUUUACCAAAGGAAGAAGACCUGAGGGUUCUGAAAGAAUAUACUUCGUCUGAAGUUACCAAAAUUACACUUGCUUCGGAUAUCAAGAAAUAUUCUUGGCUGAGAUCUCUUAUCGUCUCAAGACUUACACUUUUCAACGCAAGACGCGGAGAAGAGCCUUCAAGAAUGCUUCUGGAGGAAUGGAAUGAUGCGAUGUCAGGACGCUGGCUGCCAAAAGACCAAGUAGAGGAAGUACCUGACAGAGCUUUGAAAUACCUCGUUGGCACGUAUAAACUGGCUUAUUUGCAUGGGAAAGGAAAAAAGUAUGUUCCCGUACUAAUUCCAAAAGACAUGGUAGGACCUAUAAAUAUGCUUGUGAGACACAGGGAAGAAUUUGGAAUUAGUGAUGAAAAUCCUUUCCUGUUUGCCACAAAGUCCUCUAAUGCUCACUGCUCCGGAUGGCAUGCCGUGAAGUUUGUUUCAGAUGAAGCUGGCGUUAAAAUAAAUGCAACGAAAAACAGACACCGUGCUUCAACGAUCUAUUCAAGUCUGGACAUGUCACCUUCAGACCAGAAAAUUUUCUUACAGCAUCUUGGUCACGAGGAAAAGAUCAACAAAGACAAUUACCAAUGUCCCCCAGGUAUAAGGGAGGUGACCGUAAUGGGACAAUUCUUGAAGUCAAUCGAUGGGUCAACACCAGCUAUGAAACAAAAAUCUACUGCAGAGGUUGAUAUACAAGUAGAGCCUGUUGGAGACAAGAAAGGUAAUGUUAUUUUGUAG